AUGUCAGCAGCUGGUCAAGAGAAGAAAGCUCCGGGCGAUGACAUUGCCUUCGCUCCAGAGUUGGAAGCUGUUGAGGCUUUGAAGGCCGUCAAGGCUGGUCACGCUAAUGAUGUCGAUAUUGCUGCUCAGAUCUUGGCAAAUAAUAUUGAUAUUGUUGGCAACGAGAGUUGGUCAUUGGAGGAAGACAAGAGUCUUAUGCGCAAGGUCGAUUGGCGACUCAUUCCUAUUCUCUUCGUUUGUGCCACUCUUUCAGGUCUUGACAAAUCUGCCAUCUCGGCUGCAGCCAUCUAUGACUUAAAAAAGGAUCUCAACCUGGUUGGCCAAGAAUACUCCUGGGUUGGCUCUGCUCCAUUCUUCGGUGGAUUGGCCUUCAUGGGACCAUCCGCAUAUUGCUUGCAGAAAUUUCCACCUGUUACCUAUUUCGCAUUUAAUGUUCUUUGCUGGGGCAUUCUUGAGAUGUGCAUGGCUGCCUGUACCAAUUUUGGUGGACUCUUCGUGUGUCGUUUUCUGCUUGGAGGUUUCGAGGCUCUUCUCAUUCCAGCCGUCACUCUAGUGGUAGCUAUGUGGUACAAGCCGUCAGAACAACCUCAACGCAACGCUAUCAUUCUUAACGUUGUGGCACCGAUCUUUAAUGGACUGGUUGCCUGGGCUGUUGGCUAUCACAAAGGCACUUUUGCACCAUGGAAGAUUAUCUUCUUGACCCUUGGAGCCUUCACUAUUCUCUGGUCCUUGGUUGUCUUCUUCUUUUUGCCAAAUAACCCACUUGAAGCAAAGUGGCUGUCUGAGCGUGAGAAGUAUAUGCUGAUCCAACGCAAAGCCAUCGACAACACAGGUCUAGAAUCAAAAUCCUUCAAGAUCGAACAAAUCUGGGAAGCGCUUCUCGACAUCAAGACAUGGCUCAUCUGGUUCGCCAUCAUCGCCCUCCAAGUCCCCAACGGCGGCCUCACCACCUUCAACACCCUUAUCAUCUCCGGUCUUGGAUUCGAUGCCGAGAAAACUGCACUUCUAGCCAUGCCGCCAGGAGCAAUGAGUACAAUUUCCGGAAUCGUACUCUCCUACAUCGCAGCCACAACUCGACGAUACCGAACCCUGAUCGUCGCUGUCGCCGUCCUCCUCCCUCUCGUAGGAGCAAUCAUCUGCUAUACCCUCCCACGGACCAACCUCGCAGGCCAGCUCAUCGGUCUUUACAUCCUCUACACAUACUGGGCACCAUACGUAACGCUCGUCUCUAUCUACCAAGCCAACAUCGCCGGGCACACUAAGAAGGUAUUUUUGUUCGCUUGGUUCUACGUCUCUUGGGCCACGGGAAAUAUCAUCGGUCCGCAGACUUUCCUUGCGUAUCAGGCGCCGGCUUAUACUGGGGGCACGAUUGCGAUGAUUGUGUGCUAUGUUGUAGCGAUUAUCUGUAUUUUGACCUAUGGAUUGCUGUGUCAUCGUAGUAACCAGAGUCGUGCGGGGGAGAUUAGUGAGAAUAGGGGCGAUAUGGACUGGCUUGAUUUGACGGACAAGCAGAAUACUUCUUUUAAGUAUACGACUUAG